UUCAAAAAUAAUUCCAUCUCUUCAAAUGAACUUACACAGUUUCAAAUAAAAACAUCCGCCAAAAUGUCCGAGCAGAACAAGCCUUCGGCUCCGCGCAUAGCAAUCAAGUUCGGCGCUACGUCGAGCAAUAACAAUUCGAAGAAGACAUCAAAACCAAAUCCAUCCUCGUCCCUAGGGAAGCGGCCACGACCACACGCUUUGGGGGGCGCUUCCGACUCUGAGGAUGAUGAUUAUGAGCAUCGAGGACGGCAUGAGAAGAUCACAGGCUUUGGGGUGGACGGAGCGGAGAUGGAGCGCAAGGCCAAGGACUUGAGGACGGAAAAGAAGGAAUAUGUUUUGGCCAGACAGCCAAACCACGACUGGAGAUCAGAGGCCAGAGCCCAGAGGAAGAGCAAAAGUUCGCUACCCGAGGAGACAAGAGCACAACAAAACAACGCAACCAUCGAGACGGAACCUGCGGAUCAGGACAAGGGAAUCAAAUGGGGUCUGACGGUUAAGGAAAAGGCUGAGGACGCCAACAAGGAUGUUGGAUCAGAGUCCAAGGAGAAGCCGAUCUCGAUUGAUGACAACCUGAAAAAGCCACCGCCCAAACGAACAGCAGAUGACGAAGCAUUGGACGCUCUACUAGGCAACAAGGAGGACGACAAAAAGAUCAUCCAUCCAACUGAAGAGGACGCCCGCCGUCACGACAUCCAAGGGGCAGGAGAGACCACGCUUGAUGACUAUGAAGCCAUGCCAGUAGAAGAAUUCGGCGCAGCUCUUCUCCGCGGUAUGGGCUGGGACGGGAAAACUGGCGAUAAAGUCAAGGAAGUAAAACGACGUCCGAACCGACUCGGUCUUGGUGGUACGGAGCUCAAAGGGGAAGAGGAUCUCGGCGGAUGGAAUCAGGGCGGAAAGAAGAACAGACGGCCACGCUUGGACGAGUAUCGUCGAGAGGAAAGUAAACGAAAGGAGGGUCGCUCCCAUGAGGACAGUUACAAGCGUGAGCGUGAGCGUGAACGCGAGAGGGAUCGAGACAGCAGGCAUGGACAUCGUGACCGUGACCGAGACCGCGACCACAACCGCGACCGUGACCGGAACAGAGACUACGACCGGCAUCGGAGUCAUCGGGACUACGAUCGGCGACGGUAGAUCAACCAGUCGCGAGUUCGCUAUGAAAGCUUACUACCGGCUUCCUAAAACGACACAAUAAUACCUCUGCUCUGGGAAAGGGAUCAAUUCUUUCCAGAGAUGCAUUUUUACGUAGACCAAAAGUGAUCCCAACUCAGAAGAAAACAAGAAGAAGGAGAAGAAGGACAAAGGAGAUACUCAGACAUUACAGAGAAUCUAAAACAAAGAUCCUUGGGUAUAUGGUAUGCGUUCAAAGACCACAGCAACCCAACGCCAUGCACUUCCCCAUGAGCAAACGAUACUACCUUGCUGGCACGGUCAGUUUAUCCAGUCCUUCAUCUCCCCUGCCUGUCUUUGUGCUCUCCUCGGCAUCAGCCAGCGAUGUGAGGCGUUUUUCCUCCCUCGACUUCUUUGUCAAAUUAAAGGACCUCCGAAUCGACAUACUUCGGUUUCGCUUGGAUUUUCCUCCACCACGACCUCGGUCUCGAUCUGGGUCUACCACAUCUUCGAGGGCCUUUCCCUGUUUGAGCGCUUCCAGAGAUCUCUUGGCAACGUCCACGUCUUCGAAAAUGACUUCCGUGUCAAGGAGAACUCGAUCAAUCUGUCCCGCUAUGCCUCGUUGCUUCUCCAAAUCCUGGAUCUUCUCUCUCAACUCAUCCAUUAUAUGCCAUCCCUCCAUAACUUCCUUUUCUAACUGCUUUCGCUGGUCUUCUGGGAGCGCAUUAUACUCCCUCUGCCCUUGGACAAUGCGAGCCCGGCGGAUGUAUUUCUGGGGCGUCUUGGACCGCUCAGCCUGCUUCACAACGCCUUUGAGUGUGUACCCAAUCGGGCCAACAAUAGCAGAGAGGUUUUUGAGGACCAAGCCUGUCAAUCCCAUACCUGUGCCCUUGACGAAUCCAAUCGGUCCAUUUUCUUUUGCUCCACGGAACGGCAGGCGAACUACUCCUGUGAAGCCAUCGUAGACUCCAUACGCAAACUCAUGCCGGGCCGCCCGGAGGCCAGAAUGGAAACCUGUCACUCGAAUGGGACGUCGUACCGUAUUGUCGCCAUAGAGUCGAGGGGCAUUGUGAAAACCUUGUGCGAGUGCCAUCGAGAGGUCCACGGGCGCCUUGGCGAUGGCAGUAGCUGUCCUUUCCACACCGCUCGCUAUGUCGCCCACGUAUUGACCUCCGGUGUCCCCAGCUGUCGUCUCAGUGUGCAACGAGGCAGCAUCCACUGGGUCAUCAGAGUCCGCCGGAUUGUGUCGUGUUAUGUUGUUGCCCGACUUCUUAGAUUUCCUAGCAUUCCUCUGAUUCUUCUUCUUGCUGAUUGUUCUUGUUCUUUUUACCCAAUGGUAAGGAACGCUUGCAACGCCGUGAAAUGCUUCACCGACUGUGCCAGCUAUGGAUCCGGCAAUUCCUGUGACAGGUUCCCCGGGGCCUUCAAAGUCAUUCCAUUCCACAUGCCUGAGAAGUCUCAGGCGCUUCCAGGUCAACAGGCCGUUGUCCACUAGGAUGUCGGCAGCCAAUGCACCCAGUUUAAUAUUGGUGUUUUUCAACUCCCAAACGGCUGUGUGAUCUUUGAGGAGGGAGCAUCGCAAGAGACUCGGGCUUCUUAAGUUCAGCUGCCUGUGAAAUUCUUUGACGGCAUUAACAGCGCCAUCGCCCUCCUCUGCGAUUCGUUUGGCGAUUGCUCCAGCGGCAUCCCUUGCCUUGUCAGUAAGACAAAAUUCAAUGCCUUCAGCAAGCUUUUCGGCAUUCAGGUGUUUGUAUGGCACUGGUACCGGUCCAACAUUUGCGUUGCUCACCAUCUUACCCCAAAAGUUUUGGUCGCCGAAGAAGGGAACGAUCAUUGUAGGCUUGCCACAUUUGAGCGCAAUGGCUGUUGUUCCGGCGCCUCCGUGAAUGACGCAUGCUUUGACUCUCGGGAAAAGCCAGUCAUGAGGGGUGUUGUCGAGCAUGAAGAUAUUCUCUGGAACAUCGUCACCACCAAGUCCACCCCAGCCCUUAGAUACCAGGGCACGAACUCCAGCCAGCUCGACAGCUUUGAAGAUCAUUUGUGUGAAUUUGUCUGCAUCAUCAACAACAAUCGAUCCAAAUCCAAUAUAGAUUGGAGUCUCCCCAGCUGCUAGAAAUUCCCCCAGUUCCUUUGGUGGCUCAAAGGUUGAAGCCAAGUCAAGAAAUACGAAGCCAGCCACGUCAACCUCGCUUCCCCAGUCUUGUGGCUUCGGGACAAGACCCGGUGACCACAAGUAUGUGAAUGGCACAUGCAGGCGAUAUGUUGCACCUGGAGCCCAGAGGGUCGAGACGGGAUCUAGAGCUAAAGUCUUGACACGAAAUUCGUUGACCAGAUCUCCCAGGCCUUGCCAUACCAUCAUCUCGACUAGGGGAUAAGAGAUGAAGUUUGUAUAUCCAGGGUCCACAUUGGAAUUCUUGAUGCUUGCCAAGGGAUGAGGGAAAGCUUGUGUAGGCGUGUAAGGAAAAGUAAACAUUAAAUGAACAGGAAUCCCAAGUGCUUCGGCGCAGUGAAUAUGUGCAAAGCUUGGAGGAUUGGCAAUAAUAACGUCCGCGACAAAAGGGUCCUUUUCGCCCAUCAUCUUUAGGUUCUGGCGGUCCGAUUCGUCGUCUGUGGCAUUGAUACAUGCUCGCCAGAACCCAUCAAACAUGGUGGCCAUUGCGGCUCGCCGUCUCCCAAUAUCUCCAGCCUUGACUGUCUCAAGUGUUGGGAUCAGACCUGGAUUCUUGACCAUAAAAGCCAUGAGCUCUGAUGGAUCACCCCCAACAGAGAAGAACUCAAGACCAGAAUCUUUUUCGACAAAUUCGCGAAACGCUGGAUGCGUGGCGAUGCGUACUCGGUGCCCAUAAUCCUCUUUCAAAACCUUGCCUAUCUUCAAGAAGGGUUGGGCAUCUCCUCGUGAGCCAAUAACCAUGAUCACAAUGUUUAAGCGUGCUUGAGGACUGGGAUCUGCAACAGCUGUCGAAGAAGAUGACCGGCGUGGGCUUUCAGGAAUUUUGAGAGUUGACACAUUGUCCGCCUGUUCGGCCUUUGCGGGAGUGACCUUGUUGACAGCUGCACCCAAAGCCUUAGUCAAGUAUCCAGUGCCUGCAGUCUCGUUGACCGUGAUGCGCAAGCGACCAUCCUUUUUGACCUUGCCGGAUGUUUGGUAGUUCUGAUUACCAAUGUUGAAAUGGCC